AUGGUGUCUUCCCUCGACCUGCGGGGGGAAGGAGAGCAGGCCGGGGAAGGCACCUCGGCCGUCGCUGCUGCCGAGGAAUACGCGGAGCCGCAGGACUGCGGCUCCGAGGCCUGUGCGCGGGCUCGCGACAGGCUGAGGGCGACCAACGCCGACCUGAACGAUCAGGUCGACGCCCUCACGUCGAUAGUCUAUAAUGCUAAUGUUUAUCUCCCUCUCUCUCUCUCUCUCUCUCUCUCUCUAGACAAGCUCCUGGCGGAGUUCAGGAGGCAUCACGAGGGGCCGGAACCCAGCCGGAAGCUGAGGGACAACGUGACAAGCAAAAUCUUCCGCAUCAGGGCCUUCGUGGCCUACAUGGCGGAGAGGAAGAGCAGGCUGGCCACGUUGCGGUUCAUGGACGACCCUGAGAGGAUGAGGACGUGGGUGACAAAUCUCAGGGCGUCCCAAAUGACCGAGACCACAUUGAACCACUACCUGAACAACGUGGCCCAGUUCCUCGAUUACAUCCAUGAGACCCCUCCGCCGACCUCCCGCCUGUCCAAGAAAUCCAUGCUGGGGAUCAGGCGGGAGGUCAGGGCCCUGCUGAAGGGCCUCCGUAGAGGUGUUGUCAUGCACCAAAUUGGGGUGAAGCAGGCCAAAGAGGGCCGCGUCAUCCCCAAGGCGGUGCUCCGUCAAUGCCUCUCGGAGGCCAAAAAACGCAUACCGGAGGUCCUGGGCCAGCUCGAGAACGACCUCCAGCAGAAAACACAGUUCCUGUUCUAUGGCUACUUGACGGCCUACUACGCCUCCAUUUAUGGGCACCGGCUGGGGGUUUUCCAGAACCUCACCAUCCGGGAGGUGGAGGGGGCCGUCAAGUCGCCUAGCACUGGGGACUACCUCAUAAACAUCUCUCUACACAAGACGAACCGGGCGUUCGGCCCGGCGCAGCUGUCCCUGACCGCCGAGGAGUACGGAUGGUUUCGGCGGUUCCUGGCGCUGCGCGACCGGCUGGUCGGCGGGCCGGACGCCCGCUUGUUCUUUUACACAUCGACACCCAACCCCUGUAAGAACUUGAAUAACUACUUUCAGGGGGCUUGGGUGUCGAUGGGCCUGCCGGGGAAACCCACGUUCAUGGACGUGAGGACCUCCAUCGCCACCCACGCCCGUAACACCCACUCAAAGGCCGACCGGGAGAAAGUGUCGAAGUUCAUGUGCCACGACACCUCCACGGCCGACAGGUUCUAUGCUAUGAACCUGAACGUCAAGCAGGCCGUGGAGCACCGUCGGCUCUUCGAGGGGGCGUUGGUGGGGGAGGAGGUCUCGCCAGCGAAGCCGGCCGCCGAGGAAGAGGGGCAGGGCAAGAGAAAGCGCAAGACAAAGCACGGCCGGGGAGCCCCCAAAAGACGGAGGGACGAGUCCCCGCCCUCCUCGCCGCCCACCUCCAGUCCGGAGGAGGAAAGCGAGGCGGUGCCGUUUCAGGAGUCCGGGGUGUCCAGCCUCGACUCUCCCCCUAGCUUGGAAAAGUACCCGGGGGAAAAAGAAGAGAGCCCGGACUCCUCCUCCUCGUCCUCCGUCGGGGCGUCCCCGGUUCGGACGCCCAGCAAACUCUCCGCCCCCUCCGCGGAACCGGCUUCGCCGGCGGUCCACGACCCCGAGCAGGCCGACCCCGGGCAGGCGGAACCGGAGCAGGCCGCACCGCCGCUGGGCCUACUGAGCCGGCCCAAGAGGGCCGCCAAGAGACCGGUGGUGGUGCUGACGCCGGUCAAGCCCACCCUGAGCCCGUUGAGCCGAAACAAAAUGUGCAGGGUCUCGGGCGUGAGGGGGCCUUGGAUAAGGCCCGAAAGUAGAAUAGAAUGUUCAAAUGUUGUUCAAAUGUUGUUCAAAUGUUGUUCAAAUGUUCUAAACAUGGCUCCUGUGAAGUGCCCCUUUUGCCACAAACCCCGGGCCAACAUGAGGCAACACCUCCGGGUAUCCCAUGGCAUCCUUAACCUCAGGGAAAGGCACCCUUGGGUCAGCUUUUCCCUGAGGAAGGUCACGGAGCCUUUCCGGCCGUGCCCGUUGUGUGGCCGGUCGGUCAAAUACAUCCGGCCACACUUCGCAAACUCCCACAAGGAUCUGUCGGACAAGGAGCUCAAGAGGACUGUCCAGCAUUUCCAGUGGGAGAUCACCAUGGAGAGGCUCUACGAUCCUGACACGCAGAAUGAGGUCUGCCCGCCGGUCUUGGGUGUCGAUGGGCCUGCCGGGCAGGCGGAACCGGAGCAGGCCGCAGCGCCGCUGGGCCUACUGAGCCGGCCCAAGAGGGCCGCCAAGAGACCGGUGGUGGUGCUGACGCCGGUCAAGCCCACCCUGAGCCCGUUGAGCCGAAACAAAAUAUGCAGGGUCUCGGGCGUGAGGCGGGCCUUGGAUAAGGCCCGAAAAAACAUGGCUCCUGUGAAGUGCCCCUUUUGCCACAAACCCCGGGCCAACAUAAGCCAACACCUCCGGGUAUCCCAUGGCAUCCUUAACCUCAGGGAAAGGCACCUUUGGGUCAGCUUUUCCCUGAGGAAGGUCACGGAGCCUUUCCGACCGUGCCCGUUGUGUGGCCGGUCAGUCAAAUACAUCCGGCCACACUUCGCACACUCCCACAAGGAUCUGUCGGACAAGGAGCUCAAGAGGACUGUCCGGCAUUUCCAGUGGGAGAUCACCAUGGAGAGGCUCCGUGAGCUUGAGGCCAGCAACCCGGAGGUGCCUCUCGUCACACUUGAUGAACCCUCUGACGAUCCUGACACGCAGAAUGAGGUCUGCCCGCCGGUCUUGGGUGUCGAUGGGCCUGCCGGGCAGGCGGAACCGGAGCAGGCCGCAGCGCCGCUGGGCCUACUGAGCCGGCCCAAGAGGGCCGCCAAGAGACCGGUGGUGGUGCUGACGCCGGUCAAGCCCACCCUGAGCCCGUUGAGCCGAAACAAAAUAUGCAGGGUCUCGGGCGUCCUGAGGCGGGCCUUGGAUAAGGCCUGA